UUCUUCGAAAGAGGCAAAAUAUAAACAUGUUUCAACGUUUAGUUGCUUUACUGUUUAUCACUGCAGUGCUUUCCGAACCAGAAUGUUCUAAAUUUCACUAUGAGGAACAAACUUUAAACAAAAUGAUUCGACAGGAAAUAGCCAUGGAGAAACUGCGGGCGGAUAUGGCGGCAACUCAGCAGCAAGUACUUGACGCCCUUGGAAAGCUGGCAGAAACAACCAAUCAGUUAAGAGACGACUGGAAUAAUGAAAGGACAAAUUUGAAACGUGUAACUAACGAUUUAAUCGAAGAAACCAAUAAAAGUGUUAGGACCUUUGCUGCUGAAAUGGAAAAACUGAAAGGACCCACAGUCGCAUUCAGAAGUAAGGACCUUGUUGAUUUAACACCAAGUCUAGGAGAAACACUUGUGUUUAAGACGACGACGUUGAACGAAGGUCUCGGAUAUGAUAACAAGAGCGGGAUAUUCACAGCACCAGUAGCUGGAACAUAUACGUUUUCUGUACAGUUUUGUGUUCAUGGUGGGAAAAAUAUGUAUUAUGCAAUAGUUGCGGAUGGUGUUGAAAUAAAGAAAGGAUGGUUCUGUGAUGAGAAAUGGAGUACAUGUUACACUACAGACACUGUUGCCGUACUUAAAAAAGAUUCAAAAGUGUACGUAAAGUGUUCUUCCAGCAGUAGUUUAUUAGUAACUUCUUCAAGUUACUACUGGAAUACAUUUUCAGGUGUACUGGUGAAAUCAUAA